CUUACCAUUCAACUUACACCUUCAUUAGUGAAAAUGAUGAUGAGGUGCACAUCCCAUGUGCAUGGGGAGCUCAAAAUGAAGAUGUGUAGACUCACAUCCUCAUUUUUCGGCUUCUGGGUGAGCCGGUCAACAACAGCUAUCAAGGCAAACCAUGACUUGGCAGAGUCAUUGAAGGAAGGGAUAUCAUUUGUUUUCAAGGAUUGGGAGAUGAAAACCAGCAUCUACAAAAUGGAAUUGAUCCAGAAAGUGAUUAAUGAUAUGUGGUUUGCCAACUGCAGUGACAAAGGUAUCCUCUAUGCUAAAUACUUUGAUCCUUUACCUUUGAAAUUGAUGGCACUGGUACUCACAGUGGUGAGU